AUGGCCGUGUUCUCGUCAAAGUCGCGGAGCCAUAACCCGCUACUAUCGGCUGUGCGGCGCCGGCCGUUUGCCUUUUUCGGACUCCCCUUCCUCUCCCUUGUCGUCAUUAGCUCAUUCGCGCUCAAGACCUUUACUAGCACGCGGUACGAGCUCAAUGAUCAGAAGGUGUCGGCUGUUAGCAAGGAGGACGAGUUGGGUAUGAACAAGGACCGGAAGAAGGUUGAUCUCCGCGAGGAGUACUAUCGCCUCCAAGGCCUCGGCGAUGACGCAGACCUCUCAGGAUCGACCACGCCAUCGCAGCUCGCGGCCACCGACGCAGCGCCGACGAAGACAGAAGCGGCGCUUGCCGAGCGCAAAAAGAAGAAGAAGAAGAACUUCUUCGACACGACAAGCCAGGACGACUACGAGCCUGUCCGUGUACCCCGUCCCGCCGGCAUGCCGGAGUGGGGUGCCAUGCCGUCGGGUGAGGACGCGCCUGUCAAGGGUGCACGGCCGGAGGACCGAUGGGUGUGA